UCGCAUUGAUAUUGUAAUUUUUUAAUUCUGUGCGUGGGAUGUUUACACUGAUUUUGUAAUUUUAUUUCAGUUCUAAAGAAUAGGAGAAUGUCAGAAGAAAGAAAUCGAAAUUUAUAGAUAAAUAUAGAGUGCAAUUAAGUAUUUAGUGCUGAUUUUGUGAAGUACCAUGUCAGGUACAGAGCAAAAUAUUGUAAACUCAAUGCAACAAUUAUCUGUGCAACCAAGUAACAGUGGUCAUACGGAGAAACCUACUCAAGUAGUCACUCCCGCCGUGAACCGGAGUCAGCUCGCUGCAGCAAAAGUUACACCCGUGAAGUCUAAUACAGUUUCACCAGCUAUUGCUACUAUUGAUAGACUUUUGAACUUGGGUGCUAACGUCCCACCUCCACCUCCAGUUAUAACUAGACAGUCAGAUAUGGAUCCACACACAUUGGAACAGCUUCGAGCUGUUAAAGAAAUGCUCACAGCCCAAGAAGAAGAAGCUCAAACCUUGCGCGAUCUUAAUAGAGAUCUACGUGAGCGUCUAGAGGAGUGUGAAACAAAAAUUAAAAAAUUAUCAGAGCAGAAUGAAGAAUAUGCUGAAAAAGAGAAAGCACUUUCUCAACGUGUUGCAGAAAAAGUUAGAAAUAAUAAACAAAUGAGUGUAGUCAUGGAAGAGUACGAGCGUACAAUAUCAUCACUUAUAGGAGAAAGAGAAACUGAAGCUAAAAGAUGGACUGAAGAGAGAGCAACUCUCUUGCGAGAACGUGAUGAAGCUGCAGCUCAUCUGGCUUCAAUGGAACAUGCAUUUAAUGAUGUCCAUACUAAGUAUGAGAGGUGUAAAGUAAUUAUACAAGGAUACAAGAGUAAUGAAGAGACUUUAAAAAGAACCGUUGAAGAAAAUAAUGAUGCAAUACAGAAAUUGGAAGCGAGAUAUGAAACAUUACGACAACAUGCAAUGCAGCAGUUGAAUAAGGCUAAUGCAGAAUUAGAUUCUGUUAAGAAAGCUCAUCAAGCUGAGAUUUUAAAACUUAAUGCCAUGCUUAAAAAGAGUGAAGUGCACGCUUCUUCCUUACAAGAGUCUUUGGCUCAGAAAAUUAAAGAUAAUGAAGAACUCACAGCCAUAUGUGAUGAGUUAAUAAACAAAGUAGGUUAAUGUGUCUUCAACUACCAUUGACUUACUUUAUAUCAUUUUCAUUUAAUCAACUAACAUGUAGAUUGUAAAACCAUGCAUUAAAGUACACUAAUAAUCAUUCACUAUACAUAAUAUAUUAUUGUAACAAAAUACUUAAAAGCAAGUGAGUGUUGUUACCAUUUCAUAUAAAAUUACAUGGUAUACCUAUACAAUUAUACAUAUUUAUUGUAUAUUUUAUAAUUGUAUGUGCAAUCAAGUGUCAGUUAUAUUAUUGUACAAUUAUUUAAAAUAUCACCUAGACUUAAAGUUUUUACGUUAUGACAUUAUUAUUUUGUAUACUUUGUGAAUUGUGUUUAUCUUUUUGUACUUGAAGAUUUAUUUCAUGGUGCUUCGCAAAAUUCAUCUAGCCCUCUUACUGCUUGCUCAACAUAUUCUCAAAUUAUUUUUGAAAAAAUGUUAUUAAUAAUCUAUAAAAAUAGUGAUUGUUUUUUUGCAUAUAUGUAACAAUAUAUUGCAUAUCAGCCAAAGAUUUUUUUUAAGAAUGUUGGCUAUGAAUGCCUGCUAAUGGUGCAAAUAACAGCUGGUUUUGGAAUUAUAAAGUUGUUUUGUCCUUUUGUCAAAUAUAAAGGGAUAUAAAUAUUCAUUGUAACAUUUUAUGUCUUGUUACUUAGCUUUGAUUUUGUUGCAAAUAAAAAAAAAACAAUUGAUAUUUUUAAAAUCCUUGCUGCCAUAAGUGAUUGAUUAAAUUAUAUUAUAUAUAAAAUUGUAAUAUAAGUUAGUGUAGUUUGUUAUUUUUUGAGCUUUUCAACUAUUAACAUUUUUGUGUUAUGAUCAUUUUAAGUUUAGUAUAUUUAGUAAUAAGUUGAUAAUAUCUUAAGCCAGGCUCUAAAUUUUUUGCUUGAUUAAUUGAUCUAGUCUUAAACUAAUUUUCUAAACAGUUUUAUUAUGAUGCUUUGAAGAGAUUAAUAAUUUCUUAAAUAAUCUAUUAUUAAUAUUUAACAGUAUUUAGAAGAUAUAGGAUUUAAUGCCGUUUUACCAUUCUCAUCCACACUUCACCAUAGUCCUUUCACAUAGGCCUAAAUUAGAAGAAUAUAUUCUAAAAAUUUUGUUCCUAUUCCAAUAAUCUCCACGUAGCUACAGUAGUAUAAUGAAAUGACAAUUAUCACUUCGUAAAACGAAUAGUAGUUUAUUGAUUAAAAUCUAUUUGGUUGUUGUACAGUGAGUGUGCCUUUAUGAAAAUUGUCUCACCAUCCAUUCAGUCCAAUGUAAGAAAAAAUAGUUUGUUACACAAUAACUUGAAAUCUGUAAAAUUAAUACUAUUAGAUGGGUAUAGUAACAGUAGUGUCCAAGAUAUGAUUAGUUAUAAUCAGUUUGUUCUAUUGAGGAUGCAAAAUUAUUACAGUUUGUAAUAUCAUGGUGUUAUAUAUAUGAGUAUAUAGAAUGUAGAGAUGGUAUUCAGUUUAUAUAUGAUAUUCUUUUAAAUGUUUUGUCUUAAAAUUUUUGAACUAACAAUUGGUUAACAAACAAUAAAAAGGAUUCCUUAUAACAACGGUCAACAUUCCACAUAUUAUUUUUUAUAACAUUAUUAAAACUCGAAUUUUUUAGACUCUGCGUUUAUUAAACCUGCCAUCCUAAUUUUUUUUAUCAGGAGCUGUUUUUGGAUGUGACUAGAAAUCGUUAUUAAAAUAUUUUAUGUUUCAAAUAGCCUUAAGUAUAAUUUUGUACUUUUGUCAUUUUUUUUUAUAAUAUAUGAGUAUUUUGUGCAUUUCAUGCAUUUUAUUCAUGUGAAUAGAAUGAUUUAAUAAAACUAUCCCUAUUUUAUACA